GCCCCCGAUCCGGCAGGCAGUCCCAGGGCAGGCAGGGGAGGCCGCCACGCUCCCAGCCCCAGCCUCAGCCCCAGCCCCUCGGCUCCGCCUGUUCUCCGUCUCCGCCAUGGCUCAGCCGAUUGAGGUGGGCGGCGGGGACGGCGCAGGGCAACAAGAGGAUGUGUUGGGAGAGGAGGAGCAAUACGAGGCUUGGUCCCGGACUAAGAAUCCGGUGCAGAUCCGAGUAGCCAUCCAGGCUGCCGAAGAGGAGGGGGAGGAAGAGGCUGGGGCCGCGAUGGGGGGCAUCGGGGACGGGGAAGACGACGGGGACGCGGCUCGCUAUCUCAGCCCCGGGUGGGGCAGUGCCAGCGAGGAUGAGCCUAGCCGCGGGCACAGUGGUGCAACGACAAGUGGAGGAGAGAAUGAUGGUUCUGACCAGGACCAGGACUGGAAGCCACCAAGCUACGAGUUAAUCUUGAAGCUGGUUGAUCAAAUUGAGUUCUAUUUCUCCGAUGAAAACCUAGAAAAAGAUGCCUUUCUGCUCAAACACGUUAGAAGGAACAAGCAGGGCUAUGUGAGUGUCAAGCUACUCACAUCUUUCAAGAAGGUGAAACACCUUACUCGGGACUGGAGAACCACAGCCUAUGCCUUGAAGUAUUCAGAGACUCUGGAGUUGAAUGAGGAUCAUCGGAAAGUGAGGAGGAUUACACCUGUUCCUUUCUUCCCAGUUGAAAAUCAACCCAGUAGGAUGCUGCUGGUGUAUGACCUCCACUUGUUCCCCAAGCCAUGGGCUCUGGCUGUGCUUCAGGAGAAUGGAAGGCUCCAGGAAAAGGUCAUGGAGCAUCUUCUCAAGAUCUUUGGAACAUUUGGAGUCAUCUCAUCUGUACGAAUUCUCAAGCCGGGGAAAGAGUUGCCUCCAGACAUCCGGAAGUUUAGCAGCCGCUACAGUCAAGUAGGGACUCAAGUGUGUGCCAUUGUGGAGUUUGAAGAAGUAGAUGCUGCCAUCAGGGCCCAUGAGUCCAUGAGCAUGGGAUCUCCAAGCAAAGGCAGCAUUAAAGUUGUCCUCAUUGGUAUGAAAGCACCCAAAAAGAAAGCAUCAAAAGAGAAGAACCAGGAGGAAGAACCUGCCAUGAGCUUCCACCAAAAUAAGACCUUAAAUAAGAGAAUUGAGGAGCUUCAGUAUCUGGGUGAUGAGUCAUCAGCCAACAGCUCCUCUGACCCUGAGAGUAAUCCGACAUCCCCCAUGGUGGAACGACGGUACAUGGCCUCCAGCAAGCUUAGUCCUUCCAUCUAUCAGAACCAUCACCUGAGUCCAAAUGCCUCCCCUCGCUCAAGCCCUUGGAACAGCCCUCUGGUACAGCGUAAAGGAGUGUCCAAGAAAUCUCCACUGGCUGAGGAUGUCACACUGAACUCUAGUACCAGCCUUGAUAUUGUUCAGAAGUGUAUGGAUUAUUCCUCUGACAGCAGCAUCACUCCCUCCAGUAGUCCCUGGGUGCAGAGACGUCGACUAGCCCAGUGGGGAACACAUGAGAAAAGUCCGGCUGCCAGUCCGCUACUCACCCGCAAAGUCCAGAAUGCAGAUGGGUCACCUGUGGGGGUACUGAGGUUGCCAAGAGGCCCUGAUGACACCAAAGGAUUUCAUGGGGGGUACGAAAGAAAAAGGGUCUUUGUCUAAACAUACAUUCACUGUCAGUACCAGCUCCAUACAAAAACCACCUUUAUUUUCCUGGGUCCAACAAAACAGCUGGCAUGAUCAAGAACUGUCUCAAGUACGAGUUUCGAUGUUUGUAUUGGUGUAGAUUUCUUAAUUUAUAUAUUUGUAUUGGAAGGCAACUACAUUUUCAAGGACAUGUCCUCGUUCCAGACCACCAUUUAUCCUGGUAUGGUCACUUUGAUAAUGCCACACAUAUGUAAAUGUAACGGUACUAAACAGGAAUGGGAGAAACUCUCUAGGAAAGAUUGAAUAGAUACUAUUUUUCUGCUUUUGUUUUUUUUUUCCAAAUAAACCUCCUUUGAGAAGGGGUAUGUGUAGAGAUUGUGCUACCAUUUAGAAUGCAGGGAGGCUAGUGUGGAUGUAGCUCAAAGACCAAAAGUUUUUAAUGACAACCUGGUUGACUGAUGACAUACAUGGUUUACUCUCCUACAGUCAAGUCAAUAAACACUUAUUAAGGGCCCACUGUGUGCUAGGCACUGUGCUAAGUACUGAUCUUUUAAGAUCAGAACAAAAAUGUAUAUUUUCUCUUACAAGUGAAUUAAAAGGAAAAAAAUAUAGGAAUAAUUGGGCACAUACUCGUCUUGGCCCAUUGGUAUGAUAAGCUGGCAUAUCAUUUGGGAUCAAUGAAUUGACUGUCUAGUCCCGAUGGAAGGGGGAAGGACCAAAUAGGAGAAUCAUUGAUUCAAAAGCACGGCCAAUAGGUCUCAGUGAAACAGCUUAGCUUUCCCAGGUUCCUUCCCCAAUUUCAUUGAAGAACAGAAGGGAGGAAAAGCAAUGAUUUUAUUGUACAGAUUUCUAUUAUGUGGAUGAAGCUUAUUACUGUAAUUAUUUGACAGAUUUUUUUCAUUUUCUUCAGCAGGAGAGAUUGUGUGGAAGUGAAGAAUUAUUGUAUAUUUCUAUACUGUUUUGACCUCCAGGGCAAACUGGUUGGGGUCCAGUACUAGAUCCAUUCAAAAGGAGAUUUCAGGUUCCUUUAAUACACCUUCUUCUUUCAAGGGGACAAAAGGGGAAAGAUUUAUCUUUCAUGAACUGCUCCUGAGUUCACUGCCCCUUUGCUCCUACAUUUUCAUUGGCUUCUCCAGUCAACCAAUGAUUCCUCAUGUUCCUGCACUGUAUGCACAAACACACACACACACACACACACACACACACGCGCGUGCAUAUACACAAACACCAUUGGACCUUUCUACAAAGUGGAGAAACUUCAAGGUAAAAGUUUCUAGAGUUAAUAUUUGCUCUGGCGUCAGAUUACCCGACGCGGCGUAGCAUCCAGUUUCUCUGUGUUAAGUCGUCUCCUCCAGGUAUAGCUUGCUGGCCAUUUACUUAUUAAAAUCCUUGGGUUCUUUCCAGCAUAUGACAAAGUCUUCCCUUUGUAUUUUUCCCAAAGCUAGGCAAGCUGGGUCCUAUAUCUUGGAAACUCUGUGCCAUCCUCUCCUUGUUCUUCUCUUCCUCCUUUCUCCCAGAAUGUUUACACAUUAUCCGUCUCCUUUUGUAAUGGCACUUGUCCUUGCUUCCACACAAUAAACUAAAAAUGUCCAGGUCACCUUGCCAGUCAGUCUGCUCUUUCUUAAACUCUGGCUAAACCCUCAGCUGUGGCACGGCCUUACUGUUUGUUAGCAUAGCAAGCCCUUCCCAAAAAGCUUGGCCGGGAAACCCAGCCCAGGGUGUUUUUACAGAUGUUUUGUUGAUUUUAAUGAAAGCCAGAUCCCACUUCACUCUGCAACAUGAAACUGUGACCGCUAAGGCAGGAUUUACCAAAGGCUAACCUUUAGGGAAACAGCCCCAAACACCAAAUCCAUUUCCUAUAUGUAAGUUCAGCGUACUAAUUAUUCUAUCGCCUAAAGAUGAGACCAGGUCAGAGGGGCUUUGAUUUGGUCUGUAUGGUACAAGCAUCAAAAAUAUGAGAUCUACCUUUUUACGCCACAGUAUUAAUUAUUUGAGCAUUUUGUACGUAAGCAUUUUCCAAGGUAUGAAUUAGGCCUCCCUUGUAUUUUUGAGCUGCUAAUUUAGAAGAGAAUAAUAAAAUAUUAUAGAAAAGUCACGCAGAGAAGGCCUGCAUGAUAUAGUGCUAAUCUUACAGAAUCACAGACCUAGAACUGAAAGCAAACACUCCCCUCAUUUUACAGAGAAAGAAAACUGAGGCCUAUAAUCACACAACGAUUAAAUGUUAGUCUUGAUUUGCAGGAAAGUUGUCUAACUAUAGGGGUAGCUAAGUAGCGCAGUGGAUGGAGCGGUGGCCUGAAAUUGGGAAGUUCUGAGUUCUCAUGUGGCCUCGGAUACUUGCUAGCUGUGUGACCCUGGGCACAUCACUUAACUCCUUUUUGCCUCAGUUCCCCACACUGGAGAAGGAAAUAGCAAACCACUCUAGUAUCUUUGCCAAGAAAACCUCAUGGACUUGUCCAUGGGGUCACAAAGAGUCAGACACAAGUAAACGCAAACAAACAACCACCUCUAACUAUAAAGCACAUACCACAUAAGAGUCGCUUAAAGUCAAAAGAUGUAGUUUUAUAUCUAAGUUCUGACACUUGCUGCUGGGUGAGCCCAGACAAGUCUCAACCUCACCGAGUCCCAGGAAACUGUAAGACUUAUCCGCUAAAAUAAAGAUGAGUUUCAAUCUGC